AUGAAUUCAGCUGACCUUGCUUCCAGGGGAAUAAAGAUGAGUGAGUACGAGCGUAUACAUACCUGGCUCGAUGGUCCUGGAUUUCUCAAAAAUCCUAAAAUGGAUUGGCCGAAUUUCGAUGGAAAAAGCGUGCAAAUAAUUCCAUCUGACAUAAAGCUAAAGCAAGCCACCAUCUUAACGACACAAACAGCCGUAAAUCCGACAGACACCUUAUUCUCGUAUUUCUCUUCUUGGACAAAACUUCGUAGAGCGGUAGCCUGGUUAAAAAGGUUUAAAGUUUUUCUACUAAAACGUCUAGUGCAAGGCCCUUUACAAACGUGUGAGAUGUUAGAGGCAGAGGAAGAUAUCCUUAGAUACGUGCAAAAACAAGAGUUCGGUAAAAUCAAAGGAGUUAUGUGUGAACGCCAUUUGGAUAGUAAAUACAAGCCACUCCUUCAACGUAUCAAGAAACUGCAUCCUGUCAUCUUAGGUGACUUGAUAUGUGUCGGCGGACGACUGAAUAAUAGUCAACUGUCAAGUUCGGAAAAACAUCCAGUUAUAUUGCCAGGAACUCAUCCUGUCACGGAGGUUAUUGUUCGUUAUUAUCAUGAGACUGAAGGACAUAUGGGAGUAGUCCAUCUUUUGUCAGCAUUGCGUAUGAAAUAUUGGAUAUUGAAAGGAGCGUCAGUAGUUAAGCGUGUGGUGAAUAAAUGCAUCGGUUGCCGAAUCAGGUCUGCAAAACCUACUGAACAACUGAUGGCAGAAUUAACCAUAGCAAGGGUCACGUCAGAUUUUCCAUUCUCUAGCACCCGGGGUAGAUUACUUCGGCCCCUUUAUCGUUAG